CUGUGCAAGUAUUUAAACAACCAAUAACACGUAGAUAGUAUACACAGGCUGACACGCCGCACAGGUAUUUAAUUCUCAGGACUAGACGGAAGGUCGAAAUAACAGGGAGGCCAUGUUGGAUUUUCAGUGAACAUCUCGUGUUAUCCCGACACUAGAAAUGCACCCACGGCGCAGUGCCCAGGAAAUCCUACUAUGUGACCUCUGUGAAACUGUCCCCAUACAGAGUCACUGUGAACUUUGUCAUAUUAACUUAUGCAAGGCCUGUGUUGGGGAGCACCUCUCGGAUUCGUCUGAAAGACACAAAGUUGUACCCUAUAAACACAGAAAGUCUACUCCUAUCUACCCGAAAUGUCCUGAUCAUGCCGAAAAACGCUGUGAACUUCACUGCGAGGAAUGUGAUAUUCCUGUCUGUUCUACCUGCGUUACCUCAGGUAAACACAAAGGUCACGAAAUAUCAGAUGUUCUGGAAAAAAUCAAUUUAAAAACACAAAGUUUAAAAACAGAUUUGGAAGAACUAGAGACCAGAAUUUAUCCUCGAUAUGACGAAAUGGUUUCCGAUGUCCAAAUUGAGAUAGCUGAGUUAAAAACGAAUUAUGGAAAACUGACAACAGCUGCCGACCAACAAGGAGAAGUCUGGCACCGAGAGAUCACCGCCAUUGUAAACCAGCGGAAAUCUGACAUUCAGGAGAUGAAAAACAAACAUUUGGCUGCGCUGAAUAAAAACACAGAAGAAAUCAAACGGAAAACAUUUGAACUAAAACAGAUCAUUUCCGACUUGAAAUCAAUACUAGAAUCAAAUGACGUCUUCUUAACCUCUACUUACAAAGCCAGGAAUUCCGAAUUUAGAACAUUACCUCCUAAAGUCCAAGCAACAUUACCAAGUUUUUAUGCUCAGAAAAUAAACAAAGAUCAGCUCAAUGAAAUGUUUGGCUCUCUGUCAUCAUUAUCCAUCAACAGAGAAAAACGCGGCUACACAAUACCAAAAUCAUUGCUUGAUGAACCUCGACUCACCGCAACUAUAGACACUGGAUAUACACACCUAUACAGUGUCAGCUGUCUGAGUGAAGAACAAGUCUGGACACGUGGGGAUAAAACAAUCAUGAAGCUUCUCGAUCUCAAAGAAAAAAGGGAAAAGAAGCCAAAUCAAAAAGAAGAUGAAUCUCCAUCAGAUUCGGAAUAAUAUGGGCUGAGUUUUCAAAAAUACAAAUUUUAUCUGGUAAAAAAAACCUGUUGUUUAUUCUAUUUUAUUACGGUUCAGGUUUUUAAGCAUAUUCACAGUUUAUAUAAAACAUUAGUGAAAGGGUUUGAAAACAUUUAUCAGAAUUGUUUGAAGAAUGUCGUAUAUAAUCUCGUAAAACUGAAUUUUAAAUACUCUCAAAAUGUUUCCAUAAAUGUUCUCAAAACG